AUGAGAAUGAGUCUCGAUUUCGAUGUUGAUCUUGAGAAAGGAAUGUUAGAUUGCGACAAUGUUUUUACAAAAUCACCGGAGAAGCCAUUGAUACCGACGUCUCCAGAUAACAACCCGGUAAAAACCGGAGAAGAAACCGUCGGUUCGGUAGAAAACGAUGGAAGUCCGGUUCAAUGUGCGAUUAAUAAACCGGGAUGGGGAAGGAGCGAUCGUAAGGAGAAACGCAAGAAAUCGGCGUCGAAACCUCCACGGCCGCCGCGUGGACCGUCGCUAGACGCAGCGGAUCAGAAACUGAUUAGAGAGAUCGCUGAACUGGCGAUGCUGAAACGCGCGAGGAUCGAACGCAUGAGAGCUUUGAAGAAAUCGAGAGCGGCUAAAGCUGCGUCUGCGGCUUCUUCUCUUGGAAACGUCUUGGCCACGCUUUUCACCGCUAUCUUCUUUUUUGUCCUAAUUUUCCAAGGAUCGUCGCCGAGAGCAGCCGUAAGCUCCGGGACAUCUCCGUUAGUAGACGCCGGAAAAGCCAAUGGUGGUUUUGUGUCGGUUCGAUAUGCGGGAAAUCCUGCCGCGAGCGAACCGGGUAGAAGCUAUACCGGACCGGUUUUAGCACAAGGAUUGCCAAAUUUACUAGAACCGAUUUCCGGUUUGGAGAAUGAAAAGAAGAUGAAUAGAGUUUCACAGUGA